AUGCUUCCACUGAAAAGGCAGCGCACCAAGGGCGACUGCGUCAGAUCGCGCCUCAUCCACGCAACAUCGCUGGCGGACAUUACGCAGAAGGCCUGCAUAUGGGACCGCUACGAGCUCGAGGAGGCCACCCUUGGGGAAGGUGCCUUCGGAACAGUGCGCAAGGCGAGGGACCGAUCCAUCGGCGCCAUGCGGGCUAUCAAGCGAAUCGAUAAGUCCAAGGCCUUCGCUUUGGAUGACGUUCGCAAAGAAAUUGAGAUGCUGCGUGAGAUGGAUCAUCCGAGCAUUGUGCGGCUUUAUGCUGCCUACGAGGAUGACCAGAGCAUUUACCUCGUCCUGGAGCUCUGCGAGGGCGGAGAGCUCUUCGACCGCUUGAUAGAGGAAACCCAUCUAACCGAGCCAGCUGUCCAGAGCAUCAUGCGCCAGGUCUUCGGCGCGGUGGCGCACUGCCAUGACAAGAACAUCAUUCAUCGGGACCUCAAGCCAGAGAACUUUAUCUUGCAGAAGCGUGAUGCCCCUGUGGAAAAGAAUCCAUUGAAGUUGAUCGACUUUGGCUUGGCUGAGUACUGCGAGCCGGGGGAGUACUUGCAAACAGCAUUCGGAACAGUCCUUUAUGUCGCCCCAGAAGUCAUUGAGCAGAAGUAUAACCAUGCCUGUGACAUUUGGAGCAGCGGUGUGAUGAUGUACUGUUUGCUGUGCGGGUCGCCGCCAUUCCAUGGCAGGGAUGAUGAUCAGAUCAUCCGAAAAGUCCUGCGUGGCAAGUUUGUUAUGAGGGGGAACCGCUGGACUCCAGUGUCCGAGGCUGCAAAAGAUCUGAUUUCCCAGUGCCUUCAAAGGGACAUCGAGCGCAGGGUGACGGCUGCAGAUGCGCUGAAUCACCCCUGGUUUCAGGGAUCUGCGAAAUCUGCCGAUGUGCAGCUGAAGCAGUCUCUUCACCCGGACCUUUUGGCCAACCUGAAAGCCUUCAGCAGGGAGAGUCGUUUUAAGAAGGCAGCUCUCAUGGCUCUCGCUUAUCAACUGACGGAUGAGGAGCAGGAUGAAAUUCUACAGACUUUCCAGAGGUUGGACGCGGACUGCGACGGAUUUGUGACGCUUAGUGAUUUGAGAAAGUGCUUUGAGACCAACAUGGAAGCGAGUCCAAUGGUGAACUUGGCCGAGGUCAUGGAUAGCCUGGAUUACAACCAGGACGGCCGCCUCGAGUAUACGGAGUUCAUCGCCGCUGCUAUGGACCAGCGCCUUCACAAGAAUGAGAAGCUCUGCUGGCGGGCCUUCAAAGCUUUCGACCGGGAUGGCGACAAUCGAAUCACCUAUCCGGAUUUGCAGCACGUCCUGGAGGAUGCAGAUCUCCUCCACGAGGUGCCGAACUGUCGGAGCGCCUGGCAGUAUUUUGAGAAGAUGGACGUGGAUGGUGAUGGCCAAGUAACCUUUGAGGACUUCAUGCGCAUGCUUCGUGCGCAAAACUCCCCGACCUCUCCAUCCAUCUUCAACCAGAUCACGUUUGGCGCGUUGACAGACGCAACGAUGAUUAGGAAGGAUUACAGCUCAGAUAGCACAGCAUGCACGGAUGAGCAUCUAGGAGAAUCCAAUUCGCCAGUGUAG